CUGACGUCACGGGUUCCCUAGCAACAGAACUUGGCCGUUGUUCCUGCAGAAGUCAUGGUUGGAGAGACGUUAAUCCACUCAGUUGGAACAGGGGCCACAACACGCACACACACCUGAGGAAGACAUGGGCCUGUUGUCCAUCCUUCGGAGGCUAAAGCAGUCUCCAGAACAGGAGGUGCGUUUACUGUUGCUUGGCUUGGACAAUUCUGGCAAGACCACUCUGCUGAAACAGCUGGCAGCUGAGGACAUCAGCCACAUCACCCCCACACAAGGCUUUAAUAUAAAGAGUGUUCAGUCGUCUGGCUUCAAGUUGAAUGUUUGGGACAUUGGAGGUCAGCGCAAGAUCCGACCAUACUGGAGAAAUUAUUUUGAGAAUACAGAUGUACUGAUCUAUGUGAUUGACAGCUCAGACAGGAAGAGGUUUGAAGAGACGAAUCUGGAGCUGGCUGAGUUGCUGGAGGAAGAAAAGCUUGCUGGUGUGCCGCUGUUAAUCUUUGCCAACAAGCAGGACCUGAUGACAGCCACCCCGGCGUCUGAGCUGGCAGAAAGUCUCAAUCUGCACACGAUACGGGAUCGCAUGUGGCAGGUCCAGGCCUGCUCAGCGGUCACAGCUGAAGGAGUGCAGGAUGGUAUGACCUGGGUUUGCAGAAAUAUAUCAUUUUGGAAGAAAUGACUCAGGAAGCGAAGGAUCUGUGAAGAAAUGCCGUUGCACUUUAAACUUGAGCCACCUAGUCACUUAAUGUCCAGGACACAGAGGUGACAGAAUGUUUUCUUAUGUUUUUUAUUUUUAUGAAACCUUUAUUUUUGUGUCACUCUGCUCUUGCAUGGCAGUUUUAAAACAUUUUAUGAGUAGAAGUUGCCAAUACAGUGAUUCUACAAUGUGUAUCUUGAAAUAUAUAUACUGUAUAUAUUAGGCUAUUUUAACCAAACUGUAUGCUCUUAUCUCAGUGUUCCUGUAAAGAGGUACUUUCAAUGUGAGGGUGUGUAGAGACAGCGUUCUGUGUGCUGGAUUCAUGACUGAUGGGCGUCGUAUGCCUGUGAGUCUCUCCACCUGAAGCUAGAGGGCGACCUUGCGCCAGCGUUGUCUCCCACAGCCUAAUGCCUAAUUAUUAAACCCCCUGCCUCUCAUGAACGAUGUGGCAUCCUGUGCCAUAUUCGAUUUGUUCAUUUCAUAAUCACCAUUUUAUUUCUCUAGUCAGCAUAGUGUGACAAAAAGAUUCAAGGCCAUAAACUAGUCGGUUAAUCGGCAGUAACACAUUUGGGGAUGCUUCCACAUUUUGCUUCCACUCCCGCUGUCACAGAGCUGCAUAUGGCCACACUGUGUUCUGCUCAGGUAGGGAAAAAAAAAAUCUGUAUCAUAAAACAUGAACGCUUGCACAUGCACACGGAGACCCGACCCCAGUACAUCUCUCUUGCAUACACAAUAAACCAUACAGAAACACCUUGGCCAUUCAAUUACUCAGCUACUCACCUUGUUCACCAUGAUUUACCACAAGGCAAUUGCAUUUUCCGUCUAUUUUUCUAUUUUGUCUUUUGCAGCACAUUUGCCACAAACCCCGCUAAUCUGAACUGGCCGAGUGCUCCGCUGUGGUCCUAUAGGGCAUUUACAUACAAACCUUUUCCAGGACUAAUAGCUCUCCAAUACAAUUUGCAUUUAUAUAGCCCCCUUCAUACCAACAUGAUUUGGCGCCUUUGCCCAUGAUAAAAAUAAACCUCCUCUUUUGGCCUUGA